GCACUGACGAGUGCACGAGCGUCGUCCGUCGACAAGUCUCUCUGAGCGUAUCGCAGGAGGGCGGCAACGUUUUGAACAAGGUCAGUGUUGAAGGGCCGGUUGUUGGGUCGCCGGUGAGCGUCGGACGUAUCAUCGCCGGUGGCGAAGGCGUCGUGUACGGCAUGCUCUUCGCAAUGCUCCAAGUGACGCAUGAGACAGGCAUCCUUCAGGGCGCACCCUUCUCUUUCCCGGUCACACUCUCCCUUCUGUUCGGGAUCAUGGAAGGACAUGCACCUCAACACUGCCAUCGCCCGAAUCUCACCACUCUCCAGUGCCUGCAACAGCGGGGUCUCGGUCGGGGUGGUCUUCGUCGGGGUCUCGGUCGGAGUCUGUGUCUCGAUCAAAGUCCCAACUCAUUCCGUGUGCCGGAGCUGGCGUACGUAUGCGGAUACCCUUCGAGCUGCUUCAUGUCGGCCACGGGUGCCUUGUUCGCUGACCGCAGGCACUCCUCAAGCUUCAUGGAAACCUCGCUUCUCGUCGACAGAUCCAGCCACAGCGAUGGGUUUGUUUUGUACGGAGGCAUCUCCGACCAAUGCGGCAAAUCCGCUUCAGGGUUCGUAGUCUCUCUCCUGUUCUCCCGCACACUCGGCGCAUUCUCCACACGUAUGUCCCGGUCCUCCAGUCGACCGGUUUGCAGCAACAGCGGCAGCUUCAAGCCAUGCACCAACACACAGGAGCCUUGUGUCCCGAUGGUAAGUAGUCCCAACAACGCAUCC